AUGGCCCCUCGCAAGAAUACUGGAUCUGGCAAGACCGCUGCCACUGCUCAGGCCUCUGGCGGUCGCAAGAAGUCCAAGUCUAGCUCGCCCCCCAAGACCCCUCCCCGACCGCGGGUGAUGUGCCCUGGUUGCUCGACCGAGCUCGCUCUCCACAAGAUGCUCUCCAAUUCUGAGGCGUUCGUUUACUCCUCCAUGACCGACAUGAAGAAGCUCGGCAUCGAGUGCAAGAAUGAGUCCUGCGCCCUCUACAUUGAGGGCGUAGGCGAUGCCGACGAGAAGCUUCCCGUCGACCCUGUCAUCGAGAAGUACGUCAAUGAUGCCAAGGUGGAGCGAGCUGCUAUCAAGACGGAGAAGAAGGAGAAGAGAGAGCAGGAAAAGACCGAGAACAAGAAGAGGAAGCGAGAUGAGAAGGAGGCCGAGUACGCCAAGUACGAUCCUUUCUCCGGUGCCAAGGAGAAGGAGGCGGAAGAGGCCAUUGAGCGGCAGAAGCAACAGGAGCGAGAGACGGAGAACAUCGUCAAGAGCUGGAAGAAGAUCCAGAAGGCGGCUGAGAAGCUUUCAAAGCUCGAGGACACCGUGAUCGACUCCGUUGAGGAGUAG